GUGAAGCCCCAGUGUCUACUAAAAAACAAAAAAAGCAAUUUAUGAGAAUGCACUGUUUUAGAUUCCUCCAUAAUGUUUAGGGAUUAUCAAACUAUCAAAUUAUUUUAGCAAAGUGUCACUACAUUGCAACAGCCUCUUCUCUAGUAUUUUGUUUCUAAAGGUAUCCAACUAAAAAAAAACAUUUGAAUGAAAAUAUGGACCAGAAGAAUAAAACAUCAACUGACUUCAUCCUCCUGGGACUCUUUCCCUGGUUCAGAUAUCCUCAUCUCCUCAUCAUCAUCAUUAUCAUUAUUUAUACCAUUGCUUUCACUGGAAACUGCGUACUAAUCCUCCUCAUCUGGGUGGACUCCCGCCUCCACACACCCAUGUACUUUCUGCUUAGUCAGCUCUCCCUCAUAGACCUGGCUUAUGUCUCCAGUACAGUUCCGAAGAUGGUCGUCAACUAUUUCACAGGGAAGAAGAACAUAUCUUAUUUUGCCUGUGCAACACAACUCUUUUUCUUUCUCACACUUGGCCUUGCUGAGUGCAUUCUGCUGACUCUCAUGGCCUAUGACCGAUAUGUAGCUGUCUGCAACCCCCUUAGAUACACUGUCCUCAUGAGUCCCAAGAUCUGUCUGCAGAUGGCAGCAGCAGCCUGGAUAGGUGGGGCCCUCGCAGCUCUUGUCCACACCAUCUACCCAAUGAAUUUUCCUAUCUGUGGUUCCAGGGAGAUUGAUCAUUAUUUUUGUGAGAUGCCUGCCAUCCUGAGAAUGUCUUGUGUGGACAUAUCAGCCUAUGAGAUGGUAAAGUUUGUAUCAACUAUUGUCUUUCUCCUGGUCCCGUUUAUACUCAUCUUGACCUCCUACACUCUCAUCUUCCUCACUGUACUUAGAAUGAACUCUCCCAAGGGAAGAAAUAAAGCUCUGGCCACCUGCUCCUCCCACCUGACAGUGGUGAGCCUCUACUUCGGUCAAGCCAUAUUCAUCUACAUGACACCCACUUCUGCCCACACACCUGAGCAAGACCAAAUUGGGGCUGUUCUUGGCACCAUAGUGACCCCCAUGCUCAAUCCACUCAUCUAUAGUUUGAGGAACAAAGAAGUGGUGGGGGCUUCAAGAAAAUGCUUUAGAAGGUGUUGCAACUGA